UCGCCGCCAGCGCGCUGCUGUAGAGAGGAACAGAGCACCAGAGCAGCACAGCAGAGCACGAGCGCGGUGUAGCCAACGGAUUUGGAGUCCCCGGUAGCAGCGAACAACAACUACAGCUGCGCUGCGAAGUCCCCGAAAUAAGACGGAGUUUGGCCAGGAUGGCAUCCCAGCAUGCUUUGCUCCUGCUGCAGCAGUUAAAUUCCCAGCGUGAAUUCGGCUUCCUGUGUGAUGUCACCAUUGCUAUUGGCGACGUGCUGUUCAGAGCCCACAAGGCCGUACUGGCAGCAUUCAGUGACUACUUUAAAACACUCUUCACACACCAGAACAGUGAGUGUGUGCGUCUGCAGGUGUGUGACGUCCAGCCCGAUGUCUUCAGUGCGUUGCUAAACCUGAUGUACACCGGCCGCCUGUCAGCUGACGUGGAUCCCUCUGGCCUCUCGUUGGCAGUUCACUUCCUACACACUCGCGCCUUAUUGGACACAGCAAGCCCCGCCCACCUGCACGCACCGCUUCCUGCUUCAGCCGCCGCCCUGUACGGCAUUCAGAUUUCCAGCAUGCAGAACACAAGCGCGCACGCACACACACACUCGCCCUCUGCCGACAUGGACCCGCAUCAUGGCUUGGAAUCUCCGUUCACACGUACACGACGAUACACACACGUCACGGAUGUGGACAUGGACCAGCAGCGGGAGUCACACGCACACACACCCCCGAGGGUGGCGGAGGGUUGGAGCGAGCAGGAGGAUGGGACAGUGCCAGGAAGGGGCGUGCUCUCCAGAGCCGGCGAAUCAAAUUCAACUUCCUGUUCCACUGGUGAAUCAGCAUGCUCCAUCCGGCACGUGAAGCCAAGCAUCAUGGGAAGGGGAGUGGGCGUCGGCUCGAGGCGACAGCAGCACGUGUGCCAGGUCUGUGGGCGGAGUUUCGUUUUGCGCUCGGCUCUCCGCGAGCAUCUGACGCUACACACAAACUCACACUCGCUCACACACACUCCAACACACACCUCCCACUCACCCUCCUCCGACUGUCAUCCUCCACUACCCACAGUCCCUAGCGGCAUCACCAUGACCUCGUCACCUGAGAGGCUGGAGCUGUUGCUAGGAGGCGGAGGUAUCUCCAUGGCGACUGCAGCCAUCACUGCGGCGUUCCGCAGCUCGGCAUUGUGGGACGGUGAGGGGGAGGGGCCUGGUGUGUCAUUAGGCGGAGCCAACCACCCAUCUCCAAGACGACGACCUCACGUUCCUAUUUCCGUGCCGACGGCCCAUCUCAGCCAAUCGCUGUCCUGCUCCCCCUCGGCCGACACCCCCUCUGACAUCACCGAUGACAUCACAGACACAGACAGCCUGGAGGGCGCAGGGGCGGCGGGUCUAACCAGCCUGGAGUUCCUGCACGCCCGCGCACGAUUGGAUAAAGUCAACAACGCCCUGUUAGAGCAGCCAAAUCCCAUCGACGUGGACAGCCUGGAUGUGAUUGGCCAAGGGUCUGGAGUGGGGGGUGUGGCCAAACGCAGGAAGUACUCGUGUGUUACGUGUGGGCGGCGGUUUAUCCAGAAGAGCCACUGGAGAGAACACACAUAUAUACAUACAGGGAAACCGUACAGGUGCCAGGCGUGUGGGAAGAGUUUCUGCCGUGCAAAUCAGGCGGCACGCCACGUCUGCACGGGGCACACGCACACUCAGGAGAACCAUACACCUGCACACAUGCACACGAACGAACCCCAUGCACUCACGCACACACACGAGCCCGACCAUUCACUCCCCCUCUCCUUCCCCCAGUCUACACACUCACCCCAGGCCUCCCAUUCGCCAGUCCACGGUACAGACCGGCUUUCGGAUUGGCCAGCACCUGAUACACAGCGGUCCUCUCCUUCCACGAGCGGGGGCGGGACUUUGAGCCAGACUAACCAAUCGGAAGAACUUUGCUGACGGGCUGAUACUCCGCUCCGUCUUUUACCCCACUCCCACUAAAGAUCAGUCCACCCCAUGUUUCACCUGUUUCCACUCAACUCCGCUCCACUUAAAGACCAAUUCGCCCUGCGAUUUACCCCAUUCCCACUAAUAAUGAAUCCGCCCCACGUUUCACCUGUCUUCACUCAACUCCGGUCCACUUAAAGACCAAUUUGCCCUGAUCUCUAUCUGUGAAUAAUAGAAGAUGAUAACAUGCUACAACAUUAGCUAAAUUGUCUAUGUUUAAAGUGUACAAACUUUCCUGCUGAUUUUUCUUACAUUUAAAUUUUCAUGUUCUCAUGUCCUGGAUUUUUUUUUUUUUUGUAUUUCACAUUUUGUCAUGUUGUGUGUUUGUUAUUGUGACCAGAGCCAUGGAAUUCAGAGUUGUGACAACUAGGGUACAGGAAGUCGAUUGGUGACAUGAUUCACAUAGAUUCCAAUAGUUCUAUUCAGUUGCUUUAUUUUCGCUAGGGACUAACACAGAAUCACUACAUAACAAGCAAAGAUGACGUAAAUAUGAAAUACAUUUACCUUAACUGCACUUUCUGUGUUAGACGCUCACUUUCUGGAAAUAUUUUGGAACUAUGUCAAUGGUGUCAAAGGCUCCAUGAGGCGCCAUUGGAACAUGGCGUAAAAAUGGAACACUGAGGUCAAUGGCAUUAGCCCAAGUCUUACUUACAUGGCUCUGGUGGUGAUGAACUAGUGAGGGGUGGAAGCAAAGAAGCAGAAGCAAGUUACUGUCUUAACCAAUCACACCGCUCUGUCAAUUAUUGCCUUAACCAAUCCCUCAGCUCUGUCUUGCUAACCGACAGAUGAACAGACCACCAAUCAGUACCCUGGUUGAGCAGUGGGAGCUGUGUGUGCCAAAAGAAUAGCUCAGGUGUGUGUUUGUGUGUGUGUGUGUGUGUAUUAAGGGCAGCUAAGUUUUAAGAGUUUUAUUUGAGGUCACAUCUACUGUGUGUGUGUUUGUGUUUGAGGUUAGGCCUUCCGUUCUUGUGUGCGUGUGUGAAGUUGUAUUUUUAGGUUUCGAGUGUGUGUGUGUGUGGCAGUUGGAGGGACAGGAAGCUAAUGGACGAGGAGGAAGUUGCAGAGGCGCAUCAACAGUUAAACACAUACACACACACACACAGCCUCCUCUUAAGUCCAUACAUAAUACUAAUCCUAACCAAUGCACAUGUGCCUGUGAGUGCCAAUCAGUGUUACCAGAUCUUGUGAGAGAAAUAAGUGACCGGCGUCCUAAAAAGGCCCAAAGGAAGCGACAGAUGACUUUUUUUUUAAAAGCACGGGUGAAGGUCAUUGGUCGCGUGCCAUGUCAGAGGAGACCUUCCUCUUUGCAAGUGUCUGUGUGGUCACUAAAGUGACAGAGGCAGCUGACUUAGCAAUAUUGUUGUAGGCUAACUAGUAAGGGUGAGGGAGAAAAACAGUCGUCUUCGAGAAACACCGUUACAAACAUCAAAACAUAUUCAAACAAAUCACUGGCAGAGCAGAAGCAAGCCUCAAGCCCAACCCUGAAAAGAACAAGCCAAAAUAAAUACAACCCGCAACUGUACACAAUUUAAAGCGACUGCUCAAAAGAAGAGGCCCAAAGUAGCUUAAAAUAAGCUAAAUUGGCAACCACGGUGCCAAUACACAUGUGCCUGUGAGGUUUGAGUGCCAAGACAUGUGCUAGUUAUUAGUGGUGUGCAUUGGCACUGCCCUCACGAUCCGAUUCGAUUACGAUUCUGGAUGUAACGAUUCGAUUUGAAUCUAUUCAAUCCGAUUCUACGAUUCAUUGCAAUGCAUUACAUUUUCUACUGAAAGCAAUACUGAAAAAAUGCUGAACAACAUUUUAUUGGCUGUUUUCUGUGUCAGUCUUGGUGUUUUCAAUGCGUGAAGAGCUUUAAUUUGAUUAAACAUUCAUUUGCUCCGGAAAUAUUCACAGAAGUAAUUGAAACUUGACAAAAACAUGCCGCAUUGAUUAGCCAUGGUAUCAUAAGUGAUUAGCCUGGCUCAGCAUUUCAUGUUAACUGGUCUUUUAGUCUUUGUUGGCCUGUUGUCUUUGUUCCUCUUACUCAACUGGAAACAAAAAGGUAAAGCUUUGUUUAUGUGAAGUUGUUGUUAAUGUGCCAUUACUGUAUAUUUGUGUUGUAACUAUUGAUCAAAAGUGUUGGUGUCAGCACUACUCAGAGAAUACGAUGGAUGGACUCUUCUGACAAGCUGAUGAUGAUUAGUAUUAGUAUUAGUGCUGGGAUAUGUUACCGGAGUGGCUGUUUAUGCCUCUCAUUUUUAUACUCAUUGUCAUACUCUCAAAGGAUAUUUUAUAUACAUUACAGGUUGUGUAUUAUUAAGAUUGUACAUUGUCAUAAGGAUGUGUAUUGUAUGAAGGUUGCGUGUUGUCAUAAAGAUGUACUGUAUAUUGUAUUAAGGUUGCUCAUUGCUAUGUACAUUAAAUGUAUUUGCAGUAAAUGCUCUGUUGGCUAA